AUGGAAGAAACAAAAGAAAACAGUAGAAAAUUCCAUGAUGCAUGGGCAUUCAUUUUAUAUACCAUUCUGACAGCACUGACAACAUCGUGGAUGGUUUCGGAGAUGAAGAGCCUUCCCCAGUACAAUGAAGAGGCCCUUCUUCCACUUCUAACAGUCAACGUAGGUAUCAUGCUUAUAUUUCUGUUGGCAGCUUACCUAGGAUUUAGAUACGCCGCAAAGGGAUUCAUAUUUUUUGCCAAUGCUGUGGCUCCAGGAAUAUUAUUUUUCCUCUCAUUUCUGACCUUGAAUCCCUUCGCUAUUCUUUCUGCAGGAAUUACGUUUGGAAUAUCCUUGGUGUUCUACUUCUGGUCCAUAAAGCCUAUUCUGCCGCUAAUGGGCCCAAUGAUAGAAGCCACUGCAAAGAUACUCUCCUUGAAUCUUAUAGGAUGCACAAUCCUUCUUCUUGCCUCGGUGUCUUUACAGGUGAUUCAAAGCUUUAUAUUUUUGAAGGUGCUGGGAAAUGACGAUGCAGGCAAAACCAUCAUGUCUGUUCUUUUUAUUCUAAACAGCUAUUGGACAUUCUUCAACACGAUAUAUUUCGCACAGGUUGUCGUGUCUGGAAUCGUCACCACCCAUGUGAAGAAUGAAAAAAAAGGAUCUUUCUGGGAAUCUUUCUACAUAGCCUUCAUGGCCCUUGGUAGCAUUUCAUUUGCAGGGCUAAUUAUGGCUGCAGUUAGCACAGCCAAGUUCCUUGUUGAAAGAGAAAGAAAUAGAAACAGGGAAAGAGGAUCCAGCAACAUCAUCAAUAUAAUUAUAUUGUGCAUUCUGAGCAUCGUUGGAGACCUCGUGAAUCUGAUGAACGAGUUGGUGUUUCCAUAUCUUGCAGUACAUGGAACAAAGUACACGGAAUCUGUGAGCAAAUCCUAUAAUUUAAUCGAGGAGAAAGGAGGCAUUAUUCUUCUCAGUAAUAUAGCUAUAGAGAAAGUAAUCUUUUUCUGCUUACUUUUCUUCAUUUACUUCAUUGCAUCCGGGACUACUGCUCUACUUCUGAGAAACCCUAGCUACCAAAAUGACCUUACAUACUUCACAGUGGGUAUUGUAUGUGCUCCCUUGAUCACUUUUGUCUACAGUUUCCUCUCAAUGUUCUCCUCAGGAACCUUAGCAUUGAUAUAUUCAUACCUUGAAUCUCCCGAGAUGGUCAAGAAGGUUGAGCCUGAGCUAAUCGAAAAGAUAAGUUCUUUUAGUUAA